AUGGCAGCACGCCCGUUCCUGCUCAGUAUGGCCUCACUUACCAGGGCCGGCCUCCUGGGUUUCUCAAUCCGCUGCUUACCUCGACGACGUCUGCACCUUUCCGCAGCCAGGCUCGCGCCCAGCGUUGCAAAUAUAGCACCGGGGUCUGGUGGUCAAAUCUUUAACCGACCACCCCCGUCAUCGGCUGCUUCAAGUCGGACUGAAGAUCUCAACGAUAGUAAAUAUGCGGCCUUCUUGGGUGAGGCAGACAGCAACGAUGGCCAUGAGGCAUAUCGAGAUAGCUACGGGCCUCCAGCUCCUGCGCUGGACGCCCAGAACGCGGCAUUUUUGGGCGAGACCGAUUCUAACGAUGCCCUCGAAGUACAGAAAGCCGCAGAAGGAGACAAACGGGAGCCCCUAGACGCCAAAAACGCCGCAUUUUUAGGGGAGGCAGAUUCAGAUGAUGCCCUUGAGGCAAUAAAGGCAGUGGAGGGAGAUAAGCACGAAUCUCUCGAUGCCCAGAACGCGGCCUUCUUGGGAGAAGCGGAUAGUGAUGACGGAUUUGAGGCAGACGUGGAGUCGUACCCUGAAGAGCACCGCCAUAAGAUUGAAGACACACAUCUCCAAGCGGCUUGCAUGGGCAAGGGGGCGAACAAGACCAGUGA